CUCCAAUUCGCCCACAACACCAGAGGCUCUAAUACACACACACACACACACUCUCUCUCUCUCUCUCUCUCACACACACACACGGGUUGCAGUGUAAUCCCGGGUUAAAUGCUGUAAUCUGGAGUUAAUCCCGGGUUAGAGGAGGGACUCUGGACUCUGCAGGCUCGUGCACAGCAGCGCCGCGUGACCGUGCAGCGUUCAACACACCUGGAGGAGUUCCAUUCCAGAUGUUUCCAAACAGCGCGCGCCUUUCUCCUGCGGAUUAAUCCCCAGCGCCUGUGACGUCAUCCGCUGGUUUGCCUGAUAGAGCUAAUUCAGUAGCACAGUGUGUGUGUGUGUGUGUGCUGAGUAUGGGGCAUCCCCCGCUGGAGUUCAGUGACUGUUACUCAGACAGCCCUGAUUUCAGAGACAGACUCAAGAGUUAUGAGCUCGAGCUCGAGAAAACCAGCAAGUUCCUCAAAGACGUCAUCAAAGAUGGAAAUAACGUCAUCACCGCUAUUAAAGGCUAUUCUUUGGCUGUGCAGAAGUUCUCUCACACCCUUCAGACGUUCCAGUUUAACUUCAUUGGUGACACACUCACUGAUGACGAGAUAAACAUUGCUGAGUCGUUCCGUGAGUUCGCUGGUUUGCUGCAGGAAGUGGAGGAGGACAGAAUGAUGCUGGUACAGAAUGCUUGUGAUCUGCUCAUUAAGCCUCUGGAGAAGUUUAGGAAAGAUCAGAUUGGUGUCACAAAAGAGCGACGUAAGAAAUUUGAGAAGGAGAGUGAGAAAUAUUACUCUCUUCUGGACAAACAUCUGAACCUGUCUUCCAAAAAGAAAGAAACCCAACUCCAGGAGGCAGAUGAACAGCUGGAGAAGGAGCGACAGAUGUUCUACGAGUCAUCAGUAGAAUAUGUUUAUCAGAUCCAACAGGUUGAAGACAGGAAGAAGUUCGACAUCGUGGAGCCUGUGUUGGCAUUCCUGCAGAGUAUUCUGACUCUGAAUAAUCUGACAGUGGAGAUGACUCAGGACUUCCUGCCUUAUAAACAGGAACUCCAGCUCAGCCUGCAGAACACACGUAAUCACUUUGAGAGCACACGUGAGGAGAUGGAGGAGCUGAUGAAGAGGAUGAAGCAGCCUCAUCCUGUGUUCGUCAGACAGCAGCAGCCGACCAUCGAGGGAUACCUGUCCAUUCAUGAGAAGUGGGCGUUGGGGAUGACAUGGCUGAGGUAUUACUGCAGAUAUAUGAAGAACGAUAAACUGUUAGUGAUGGUGCCGACUGAACAGAAACCUGGAACCAAACAGGUUCCUGUCGAGCUCACUCUAAAGUCAUGUAUUCGCCGUAAAAGUGACUCCAUCGAUAAGCGCUUCUGCUUUGACAUCGAGACUCAGGAGAGGCCGUUGGUGACUCUGCAGGCGACGUCCGAGUUCAACAGGAAGCAGUGGAUCGAGGCAAUGGACGGAAAAGAACCCAUUUAUUAUUCCCCGAUUCAGAAACAAGCUGAAAUGGAACUGAAUGAAGUCGGAUUCAAGUUUGUGAGGAAAUGCAUCAACGUCAUUGAGGCGAAAGGUCUGACUCAGGAGGGAGUUUACAGGACGGUUGGCAGCAACAUCCAAGUGCAGAAACUGCUGAAUGCCUUCUUUGACUCGAAAUGUCCUGGUGAUGUGGAUUUGAACAGCAGUGAGUGGGACAUCAAAACUAUCACCAGUGCCAUGAAGUUCUAUCUGCGGAGCCUGAGUGAACCACUCAUGACCUACAGCCUGCAUCGGGAGCUUAUCAGUGCAGCAAAAUCAGAGAAUCUAGAUUACCGGUUGGGGGCGGUGCACUCUCUGGUGUACAAGCUGCCAGAGCAGAACCGUGAGAUGCUGCAACUGCUCAUCAAACAUCUGGUCAGCGUGUGUAGCCAAAGCAGCGAGAACCUGAUGACGCCAUCCAACAUGGGCGUGAUAUUCGGCCCCACCCUUCUCAGAGCCGAACAGGAAACGGUGGCAGCCAUGUUGGAUAUAAAAUUCCAGAACAUCGUCAUUGAGAUCCUGAUCGAGGAUUACUGUAAGAUCUUUCGUGGCCCUCCAGAGGAAAGCUCCGCCCCUCCUGUCCCGCCUCCGAGGGUGGCGCCGAGAAAACGACAGCCAAUUACUAUCUCCAAAAGGCUUCCGAGGCUUUACCCCGCCCUUCAUCCGUCAGUCUUCGAGAGUCAAGAGCAGAACGGUGCAGCACACAACGGUUCCGAUUCUGGAGGGGAUGUCACGAACGCCAGUCCGGUUCCACCUCAGAGGAUUAAAUUAGCCCCUCCCACUGUGGCGCCACCUUCCAUCCCGACUUCUGUCCCUCCAUCUCGGGUUCCUCCUCAGCGCCAAGCCAUUCUACCCAAACCCACCGUCUACCAGGAUCAGUUCUCCGACUCUGAUGUCGUCAAGCUCGCUUCUCGGAUACAGGACAGAGGUCAGCAGUUGGACAACGGGGACUCCAGAGUGACAGUGGGUCGGACUCAGUCGUUCCCGACCAGAAAACCUCAGCAGCGGGUCGUCACAGCAACCAGAGAUGUCGAAAACGAUGGGACAAAGAGUCGGCCUACGUUAGAGAAAAGUUCCAUCUGUCGGCCCCCGACACGGCCUCCCGACCCACCUUCACGAUGUCCAACCACUCAGAAAACGCAAAACGAUGACACUCCAGCAUCAUAUGUUGCUUCCAAAACCAAGUUUUUUGAAAAUGCUUCCAGAAAGACUGGGAGCUCUUCAUCCACUUCAUCAGCGAGCAGCGAUCUGCCGAGAUGAGACACGACUUUAUUCAAUUUUUAAGCCUUUUAAAGAGCUUGAAAUGGGAAAUUCAGAAGCUACGUCUUUAUCGUCACCACCACUUGUUGUUGUUCUUCUUAUUUCUGUGAUGGAUAAUGCAUAGCGUGUUAGCGUGAGUUAGCAUGGCCGUGCCGACACUGUUACAACCCCUUGUACCCCCUCCCCCUCCCCCCCUCCCCUGUUCCUUGCUAAGGGGCCAUUUCAUUGGAACGUUUUCUUUUUUACUAACUUGUUGAUGUUUACUGGCUGUUCUACGCCACGCCUUUAAAACCUGACUCCAUUUCCUACAAAAAAUAAAAACCUCACCGUCCAGUGCACUACUGCUCCACACUAACACUCCUGAACUAGGAAGUGAACACCAGGAUUUGAAACACAGCCUCUCCACUACAGACAUACAGUACAAACACCAUCUUUUAAUGUAUUUAUGACUCUGUUUAAUUAAUUAUUAAAACAAAAUCUCAUUAAAAAAGUUUACAGUGUAAAAAAAAA